CAUACACAAACAGUUGGUCAAAUAGAACAAGGUUGUUGUUUACUUUGGCAAAAGAAGUACGGUGUACCAGAACAGAACUGAGCCCCUCUCCGAUCCGUUGGAUCAGACGGAGACAGAGGGACUUUGACUCGUUUCUCUCAUGGAAGCAUCAAAAUCGUCCUCUACGGAGGUCAUCUUAGAAGAAUGGAAUGGUUCUUCUUCCACCAAGCUCUCCAGAACCGCCACCAUUACCGCUUCCCCUUCUCUCUCGAUCCAAAGGUCUGGUGGUCGAUUCCACCAUGUUUGGAGACGGGUUCUCCAAGCAUUUGUACCCGAGGGUUUUCCUAACAGUGUGACUCCAGAUUAUGUACCUUUUCAAGUCUGGGAUUCACUGCAGGGCCUUUCAACGUACAUUCGGACCAUGCUCUCGACACAAGCUCUUCUUAGUGCUAUUGGAGUUGGUGAGAAAUCCGCAACUGUAAUUGGUGCCACAUUUCAGUGGUUUUUGAGGGACCUAACUGGAAUGCUUGGAGGCAUUUUAUUCACAUUCUACCAGGGCUCAAACCUGGAUAGCAAUGCCAAAAUGUGGCGUUUAAUCGCAGAUCUUAUGAAUGAUCUUGGAAUGUUGAUGGACCUGGUUUCCCCCUUGUUUCCUUCAGCUUUCGUGUUUGUAGUUUGCUUGGGGAGCCUAUCACGAUCAUUCACUGGUGUUGCCAGUGGAGCAACUAGAGCUGCUUUGACGCAGCAUUUUGCCCUUCAGAGUAAUGCUGCAGAUAUUUCUGCCAAGGAAGGAAGUCAGGAGACAUUGGCAACAAUGAUUGGCAUGGCUUUGGGAAUGCUUCUUGCUCGGAUUACAAUGGGGCAUGCACUAGCUAUUUGGUUUUCUUUUCUGUCACUCACCCUGUUCCAUAUAUACGCAAACUACAAGGCUGUCCAAUGCCUUGCCUUAACCUCACUAAAUCCUGAGAGGAGCUCAAUUCUUUUGCAGCAUUUCCUGGAAACAGGCCAAGUUCUCUCACCUGAAAAGGUCUCUAGGAUGGAGCAUGUACUACCCGUAUGGACCACUUCAUGGAGCUCAAAGAGUGCUAAACAGAUACACAUGCAAGUACACUUAGGUGUAAGGGUGUCUUCUCUUAAUCACUCGGAACUGAUGGACCUGUUGCAUUCUGCGGGAUCUCAUUACAAGAAAGCAAAGUACGUGCUAGUGGAGAAGCAGGGAAUUGUCCAUGCUACUUUGCAUAAAGACUCGACAUCUGCAGAUGUAUUGCAGUCAUUUUUUCAUGCCCUUGUUAUGGCAAAAUUUACAGAUAAAAACAAGUCUCUGCAUUUGGAGAGCCAAUCAUGGAUGGAUAAACAUUAUGAAGCUUUUAUUCAAAAGCUAAGGUCCUCAGGUUGGAAAAUAGAACGACUUCUAUCGCCUUCUAUUGUUUGGAAGGCAAAAUGGAUCUGUGGGCCUUUGGAUGCAAAGAUGGAUUAGGCGAUUUGUUUUUUAUCGCAUAAAGAUAGUGAUAUGAGGUGAAAUUAGUGCAACUUGCCAUGAUAUGAGGCCAUUGAUCAAUCUUGUUAUUUAGUACAGAGAACUUUUAGAUGACAAUCUUAACAGAGGAACCUAGUCAGUCAUUUUUGGGUCCAGUGCAGUUCUGGCUGAUAAGGAUCUAGCCCUAGCCUCUAGGCGAAUGUGGAGAUUUUGUUGGCAUUACACAUUAGAUUAUUUGUGAAGAAGUCCAUACAUCAUGGAUCUUAUUUAUCACCAUGUAUUUUAAAUUAAGGUUUCAACAACUCUAUUACGUAACACGCAACUUGCAACAUUCCAACUUUUCCUACUCAUCCAUGCAUUUGAUAUGUCAACCGGCUUAAAUUCAAUUUCAAGCAUAGAAUGACAGUAGCAUGGAUGAUUUGGUCUCUGUCUCUUCAUUUGGAGCUGAAGAACUCUUCUUGGAAGUCAGAAAUAACUUGAUUAUGAUUUUUGGACAUCUUUGUAUGUCAUUUACAUUAA